AUGGUGGGCAGUUUUACAGAUGUAGGAGCAACAUGCAUUGAGUUUUGCAAUUUUAGACGGGACCUAUUGGCCUAUAUAGCUGAGGCCGACGCCCAAAUGGUGAUAGAAGACAUGUUCAAAAGAAAAGAGGAGAACCCGGACUUCUAUUUCGAUUUCGACAUAGGCGAAGAAGCGCAAUUAACAAGGUUAUUCUUGGCAGACGCAGAAUGUCGGAGGAAUUAUGCAUAUUAUGGCGAUGUCAUGUCAUUUGACGCCACAUACAGUACAAACAGGUACAAGUUAGUGUUCGUCCCUUUCACAGGGGUGGAUAACCACAAAAGGUGCAUAACAUUUGGGGCAGGGUUGAUUGCGAAAGAAGAUGUAGAAUCAUAUGAGUGGCUAGUCAUGAAGUUCAAAACUGCAAUGGAAUACACACCAAGAUGUACUACAACUAACCAAGAUCCAGCACUAAAAAUAGUAGUACCACACAUUAUGCCAACAACAAGGCAUAGAUUCUGUAUGUGGCACAUCAUGACAAAAGUUGGGGAAAAGGUAGGGGUUGCAUUGUUGCACAACGCAGACUUCAAAAAGGAACUAAAUAACACCGUAUGGGAUGACACAUUAACAAUAGAUGAAUUUGAGAGGAAAUGGACAACACUAAUGAAGGACUACAAUCUUGAAGAACACCAGUGGUUUGCCCAACUGUACGAGGCACGUGCAUCGUGGAUACCUGCAUACUUCAACGACAUACCAAUGGGAGGUCUGCUAAGGACCACAUCACGGUCGGAAUCAGAAAACAACUACUUUGGUAAAUUUACAAACCACCACUGCAGCUUGGUAGAAUUCAUGGCACAAUACAAUAGUGUCAUUGGAGAACAGAGGCAAAGACAAUCAAAACUCAACGCAGAAAAUGAAGGUUCGUACCCUGAAACUAAAACCCAUUUGAGUAUUGAGAAGCACGCUGCUAGAGUUUACACGCAUGUGCUGCAAGUGAUGAAGACAAAAGGGUAUGAAACAAUCCCACAAAAGUAUAUCGUCUCACGAUGGACACGAGACGCAUGUGCACAGCCAUUAUACGAUGUCCCAUGGGCAAAAAGAACAAAAAUACCCAAGGCAAAUGAAACAACAAAAGUUGCAAAUCAACUAUGGAAUGAAUUCUACAACUGUAUGGGAUUAGUGAAUGGUUGGCCAGACAAGAUGGACCAAAUGUUGGCAACAUUGCAACAACUCAAGAAGGACCUAGAAAACGAAAGGCAACAAACACAAGAGGGUGCCAACAAUGAAUCUGUGUUUGAAAGACUAGUCGGAUCAAGCAAACCGAACGACAUACAAAUAAAACCACCCAAAGUUGCAAAGAACAAAGGGAUUGGGAAGAGACUCAAAAGCAACAGAGAGAAAGCCGCCACGAACAACCAAAAGAAAAGGGAAAGAACAUGCAAUAUAUGCGAUCUCCCAGGGCACAACAGCCGCACCUGUCCGGAUAAACUUGCAUAA